CCAGUUUGCGUCACUGCCCCGGAGAGCAGAGAGCGGAGCGAGCUGGGGAGAGCAGACAAGUUUGAAGGGGAGGGCAGGCAGAGUCAGCAGCCCCCGAGGCGCUCCUCUCCCACCGCCCAUCCCUUUCCUCUCUUCUUCCCCAGCUUCUCUCUCAGCCUUUCACUCUUCCCCGAAAAACCCUUAUUUAGCCAAAGGAAGGAGGUAAGGGGGAACCCUCUCCCCUACCCCCUUCAAAAACUCCCCAACUUUUCCAGUCCGGAGAUCGCAGGGGAGCGAGUGGGCACCCAGCUGGCCAUGGAGCUGCUGUGCUGCGAGGUGGACCCGGUCCGCAGGGCCGUGCCGGACGCCAACCUGCUCCACGACGACCGCGUGUUGCAGAACUUGCUGACCAUCGAGGAGCGCUACCUUCCCCAGUGCUCCUACUUCAAGUGCGUGCAGAAGGAUAUCCAGCCCUACAUGCGCAGGAUGGUGGCCACCUGGAUGCUGGAGGUCUGUGAGGAGCAGAAGUGUGAAGAAGAGGUCUUCCCUCUGGCCAUCAAUUACCUGGACCGCUUCUUGGCCGGAGUCCCAACUCCGAAGACCCAUCUGCAGCUUCUGGGGGCCGUGUGCAUGUUCCUGGCGUCCAAGCUCAAAGAGACCAUUCCGCUGACGGCUGAGAAGUUGUGCAUUUACACCGACAACUCCAUCAAGCCUCAGGAGCUGCUGGAGUGGGAGCUGGUGGUGCUGGGCAAGUUGAAGUGGAACCUGGCGGCUGUCACCCCCCACGACUUCAUCGAGCACAUUCUUCGCAAGCUGCCUCAGCCCAAUGAGAAGCUGUCCCUGAUUCGCAAGCACGCGCAGACUUUCAUCGCUCUGUGCGCCACUGACUUCAAGUUCGCCAUGUACCCGCCGUCGAUGAUUGCAACUGGAAGUGUGGGGGCCGCCAUCUGCGGGCUCCAGCAGGACGAGGACGUGAGCUCGCUCACGGGUGACGCCCUGGUGGACCUGCUGGCCAGGAUCACCAACACCGACGUGGAUUGCCUCAAAGCCUGCCAGGAGCAGAUUGAGGUCGUGCUGCUCAACAGCCUGCAGCAGUACCGUCAGGACCAGGACGGAUCCAAGUCGGAGGACGAGCUGGACCAAGCCAGCACCCCUACAGACGUGCGGGAUAUUGACCUGUGAGGAUGCCGGGUGGCCCCGACGGGUCCAAUCGGCUCUCUCCUUCCUUCUCUCUGGUUGUGUUUUGUUCUCUUAUGUUUUAGAAUGAAACUUUAAAACAAACAAAAAAACACACACACAAAAAAAACGAAAAACAAAUUCUGCUCCCACCUAGAUCAUAUUUGAAAGAUCUUUUAGAAGUGAGAGAUAAAGGUUCUGUAAAAACGGAAUAAUGCAAAGCAUCUGGUGCCUAUUUGAAGUACAACACAAGGGAAUCUCUUAGAUAUGCGAACAGUUCCUGCUUGACGAUGUUAAAAGUCAUGGUAAAAUGCUUACAGGAAAACCUACAGAGUAGCUAGGAAAAUGUACGCCUGCACUAUGGGAACAAAUUAGAGACUUGUUUUUCAUGUUAUGGACUAGCACGUAUACACCCCUUGUAGGAUAAUCUCUAGGAACGGCCGAUGCCUUUUAUGGCAAGAUUCGAUUUCAAAGCAAUGAACUCCAGAAAGAAUUAAGAAUAAGGAGGGGCAGGAUGGGGGAGGGGGGUUGCCAAAUAGUCCCCACGCAAUCGAACCAUUUUGGACGGAGAAGCGCCCUGGCUCCUGACCUGUUCCGUACUGAGUCGGGAGCUCUGCGGGUCACUAGUGACAACUCUUGCUGUCUACAGUAGCUGCUACCUAAAAGAGAUGUUCUGCUUUGCCCAUUGGACACGGGUGAUUGGAUCCGGGGUUUCACGGUUUUCGACAUCUUGCUUCUUCCUCCAACCGUGGUUCGUUGCGGACACCGUCCGAUUUUUAUCCUUAGAGGCAAUCUAGCCACGGGCCGGCCCUCAGGCUCCUCGGAGCUGGAGGCAGACAGAGCCCGGGGGGUGGGGUGGGGGGGGGUGGGAUCUGGAGUGGAACCUUUUCUCCUGAUGUGUUCAAGAGAGCCGUGUGGCCCUGGCAUCCCGCAUUAGGAAACAGACGAAUUUUUUUGGUGCUUGAUCUGGCAUGGGUGGUCCACAGGUGGGCGUUGUUAUAAACCAUUCCAUUUGAAAAGCACUUUGAAAAAUUGUUCCCGAGGCGUAGAUGGGAUGGUUUAUGCAAAUCGUGCAGAGUAGACGCCCCCCGCCCCUUGUCCUGUGCCCCCUCCCCUCCUGCUCCCUGUCAGGUCGCUGUCCUGUAUCUGACAUUCUCUGGCCUCCCCACUGGGACUCAAGACACACCCUUUCCGCUGAAACUCCCAUCACAACAUUCCUAAAAACAGAGCUCUGCUACCAUCUCGAUGGCACAGAAGGAUCUUCAUUCCCACCUCUGUACUUCUUCUCUGGACAGGGAAAGAAACGUGACUGCUGAUGCAGAGACAGAUAGCGGGGUCAUCAGAAUGUGGCAUUUCCUUCCCUUUUCCGUUUUUUUGUUGAUUUCAUGCCAAGUUGCCUUCAGUGUACUUGAAUUAUCUUCCUCUCCACGUCUUAGAGGCAUUCAGUUAGCAGAGAGGCUGGAGCACCAACUUUUUUUUUUUUUUUUUGCACAAUUAUAAUUGACAGGUAAUGAAGCUAUUAAAAUAUUUGCCUUUUUAAGUAAAAAAAAAUCAGAACAGGGCUACUUGGAAGAAUUAUUUUAUACACAGAUUCUGCCUUGUUUCAUAGUAUGAGGGUUUAAGAUGGAGAAAAAAAUCUAAGGGUCUCUUUAUUUUUCAUUUUAUUAUGUUCAGUUUUUUUAUUAUUUUUUUUUUGCGCUGCUAAGAAGCUCAUUCAUCAUUAUUCACAUUAACAGUACCUAGCUGUAAUGUUUCACCGAGUGUGCUGCUAUUUUAUAAACAUUUUUAUAAUAUAUUAUUUUACUGCUUAAAUUCCAAGUCCCGAAGUAGAUGGUUGAGAUAGGAGUUCUUCGUACUGGAAAAGCCCUUCCAUACAUACUUUGUUUUCUUCUGGUAGCGUAUUCAUGGGUGGUUUUUUUUUUUUUUUUUGGUUUGUUUUUUGUUUUGGUUUGGUUUUUUUUUCCUCUCUGAUCACAUUCUUCAAAGACAGAACAUUCUUUACCUCAGGUUUACUGGACAAAAUCAAUAGCUACGAAAGAAUGGUUCACAUUUUUGUUCUCAUAAUACCUCACAGCCGUACAGUUUCUGCUCGGGAGCCCAUUAGUCAGGGAAGGCAGAGGGGGGAGGAGGCGGCAGCCUCUCCCGGGUGGGAGGUGGGGGCUGUGGCCCCAGGGCCCCACGCCCCGUCAAGAAGGUCAUCAGGCUUCCACAUUGACUCCGGUGUCCUCUUCAUGAUGGAAAAAAUGCAAUUGAACCCCAAGGGGUCUCCCCCCCCACCCAGGCUGGCAUUCAGCAUAGAGGUUGACGCCCUGGACCCUGGACCUGGACCAGGAAGUCACGGUUUGCACUUGCAUCCCAGGCAUCAAGAGACAGGCUCAGAGGAUUCCUGCAGGCUCUUCUGAGAGCCUCUCCUUGCGGCCCUUUAUAAAGCCAGGCUCUCAUCUGCUUCGGGGCCUUUCAUCUGGAAGGUUCCCCCCCCCCCCCCCCGCCUUCUCUGGCCCCUUCCCAUCCCGUUCAGGAUGAUCUCAGAGGGUUCUUAGGUCUGAACCUGCAGAGUGCAGGGUUGCCAGGGCAACUGCACCAUUGGGGCCCGAGGCAGGCAAGCACCCGAGAGGCCGAGGCUGGGGCCAGGUCCUCUGCUCAGUGGAACUAAAGGGUCCUCAGGUUUUAAAUCGUGCGUCGAAUUGGCAUGAUUGGAAAAACGGGUCUGAUGAGUAUUGGCUUGGUAGUCGAAGGGAGAGAGGAAGGCUGUGGUUCCAGAGGAGUGGGUUGCCCCUGAAGUGUGCUAGGACCGUUAGGACCUGGUGGGUUAUUUCAUGACCUUAAAAUUCUAGGGAUUUCUGGUGGACCAGAGGGUGGUGAAUUCUGAGGUUUUGGAGAGGAAGGCUGCACAGCCCAAGUUUUCUGAAAGCUCACUUUGCCAGGCUGCUCUUCUGGGCCCUGAGGGGUUCCCCAGAAUGGAGGAGGCACGGGCCCCAGAGUUCUUGGGCCACAUGGAUUCCUUUAGCAGUGACCAGCCCUUACGCUCUCACAGGAGCAGCAAAUGAGAGAAGCCGACCCGCUGUAACUCUCCCCAUCUCCUGGCGUCCCAGGAGCCUCUGGGGCCUUCUAGCUUUUUCUCCUUCACACCCUCCAGGCCUAGCUGAUGGGCAGUGUAGGGAGCGUGCAAGCUGGCUGAGCUUUUCUGCCUGCCCCUCCUUACACAGGAAGGAACCCUGGCUUUGCUGAAUUGGGUGAUACCUUCUUCCUUGAAUCUUCAUUUCCUUGGUAGGCGCUUCUGCCCCGCACCAGUUAGUUCUCCCCAUGGAUCUUUUUUCUCUUUCUCUCCUCCCAUAAAGGGGCACCAGACCUAUUCUGGUCUUUUUCUACCUUGUUGUCUGGUCUCUUCUCUCCUUCUUCCUCUUUAUGGGAUUUCUUUUUUUCUUUUUUGGGUUCGUUGUUUGUUUAUUUGUUUUUCUCCAUCAGCGGGGGCUAACUUGUUCCCCUAGCUUGCCAAAUCUUGUCCCAUCCCCUGUUUUGGCCAAAUCCCGGGGUGGGGGAGGGGGGGAAUCCUUAUAUGCCAAAAAAAUAUAUGCUAAGCAUAAUUCUGUUCCAUGUGGGUUCAAAACAGCAGAGAACCCUGCAGGUGGAGGCAGGGGACAGAGCCCAUGCCCGCCACCCCCGAAUGUCCCCCAAUGCCAAGAGGAGGGGCUUCUGUCCAAGGAGGUUGCCCUCUGGAACUGCCCUGGCCCCACUGAGCAGCCCAUUGUGUCCCCCAGCCAGGUCCCCGUUAGUCUGCGUGCAGUCCCGAGGCCCUGUCCUUCCUCCUUCACCACCCAGCUGGGGCGUGUGAGGCUGGGGGAAGCAGCCUGGCCGCCGGCGGCGAGGGCUUCCCUUCUGAGGCUGCAUCUGUGCCGGGAGGCCUGGGACUGCCAGGUUAGGACAGUAGCAGGAUCUGGUGACUUUCUCAAAGAGGGCCGGUGAGUUUUCUCUCCAUGGGCCCCAGGGGGCAGGGCUGGGAGGAGACAUCGGCUUGCACCUUAGAGCAUGUAAAUAAUGGGUUUCCAGUUCAAGAAGACAAUAUUGGUAGAGGGGGAUGGGCGGCAGGACUGGGGAGGCAGUCCGAGUAAGCCAGCUGGCUUCGAAGCCAAAAGGAUUCCUCUGUUUAUCUCUGAGACAGUCCAACCCUGAGAAUAGCUUUAAAAGGGAACUUAGUGCUGAGACGGUCAAGUCCCCUUCACCCCGCUGGCCGCUGGCCGCUGCCCGGUCGCUGUAGGAUGGGUGCAGCCUCCUACCACGUGGGCGCCACACAGCCCACCAGCGCUGCUCACGCCGUCAUCAUUUGUGCAAAAUAGGGCAGGAAUAUUCGAGAGGAUGUUUAUGGCUUCCUCAUCCACGUGGCUUUGCAUGAUUCUGGAUUCUAAACAACCCAGAUCGGUCCCUUCAGCCAGAACCACUCUUCUUCCUCUGUGCGUCUCUGCUUUUAGACUUGGCUGGGCUGUCAGACCCGAUUCUUGGCUCAGGUUUCCAGAAGCCAUCGGCAAACAUACACGCGCUUGCUGUGGCUGCCACAUUUAUUCCUUUGCCUGCAGCCUACUUUGGGGAAAAAAGUGCCUUACUGACUGUAGCUAUUGCAGUAGCCAGUGUAUUUUGACAGGUGCCUACCCUUUAAGAAAAAAAAAGUGUUCAUGUUUUUCUUUUAAUUGGUUUUAUUUCUUACUGCCAACCAGCUCUUAACUCCCCAGCAAAUCACUGGCCAUUGGAUUUUUUCCAUUAUGUUCAUUACCCUUGUACCACGUACCUCAGAUCUCUCUCUCUCUCUCUCAGUUUCUCGCCUUGGACUUUCUUUUGUUAUUAUUAUAAUUUUUUUUUUUUUUUUUGCUUUAAAACGAGUGUGACGCCAUAUCAAGUCAAUGUUAUUCUCUCACAGUGUACUCUCUAAGAGGUGUGGGUGUUCGGUCGGGAUGUUAGCAGGUGCUAAAGUAGCAUGAUCAGUGUACAUGAAAGGUUUUUAGGAAGUAUGGAAAAAAUGUUUUGUUGGCUCUGAUGGUGAAAUGGUAAAGUCAGCCGCCUUUUAAGAGGCCCUAUAUGUUCAGUGUUAAGUGACUUUUUUUAAAAAUAAUAACCUGUUUUUCUGACUAGCUUAAAGAUGGAUUUGAAAAUGGUUUUGGAUGCAAUUAGGUUAUGCUGUUUGGACAAUAAACUCACCUUGACCUAAA